AGCAUUUUAUUUCUUUUAGGUUGUUGGUAUGGAGCAAAAGACGAGACACCUUCUAAGCAGACCCUUUCUAUACAACAAGAGUCCCCACUCAGGACACAUUGGACAGGUGUAUGUACCAAGAAGGUCCACCUCUGGGGAAUGUGUGGCCCUCUCCUGGGAGAUAUCUUACACCAGGGAACACAACACAAUCAGAAAUUGAAUGGGUUUGGGGCACGUGAAAAAACAUUGGAUGACGAUGCAAACCAUCAUCAAGAACAGAAGCGGCACAUAGGAGAGAAAUCGUACAGAAGCAAUGCCAAGGGAACAUCAUUUGUAAAGAACUAUAAAUUCCAUGUGUCACAUGAGCCAUUUAUCUUUCAUGAGGUUGGGAAAGACUUUUUGUCCAGCUUGAGAUUGCUCCAACAAGAGGACAUUCACGCUUCAGGGAAGUCAAACUUUGAAACUAAGCAUGGGAUACCCCUUCAGGGUGGAAAAACUCAUUACAUCUGUGGAGAGUCCACAGCACCCUUCAGCAACAAACACUCACUUGUCCUUCACCAGAGACUUCUCCCUGGAGAAGGACCUUAUGUAUGCAGUGAUUCUGGGAAAUUCACUAGCAAAAGUAAUAGUUUCAAUAAUCACCAGAGAGUUCACACUGGAAAAAGACCUUAUCAGUGUGGACAGUGUGAUGAAUCAUUUUGGUAUAAGGCCCACCUCACUGAACACCAGAGAGUUCACACUGGAGAAAGACCUUAUGAGUGUGGAGAAUGUGAUAAAUCUUUUAGUCAUAAGCACAGUCUUGUUGACCAUCAGCGAGUUCACACUGGAGAAAGACCUUAUGAAUGUAAUGAAUGUGGGAAAUCUUUUAGCCAUAAGCGCAGCCUUGUUCACCACCAGCGAGUUCACACUGGAGAAAGACCUUAUCAGUGUGGAGAAUGUGGGAAAUCAUUUAAUCACAAGUGCAACCUCAUUCAGCAUCAGCGAGUUCACACUGGAGAAAGGCCUUUUGAGUGUACGGCAUGUGGGAAGUUAUUUAGGAGCAACUCCCACCUAAAGGAACACCAGAGAGUUCACACUGGAGAAAGACCCUAUGAGUGUAAAGAAUGUAGGAAGUCAUUUAGGUACAAGUCACACCUCACUGAACACCAGAGAGUUCACACCGGAGAAAGGCCAUACGAGUGUAGAGAAUGUGGGAAAUGUUUUCAUCAAAAGGGCAGUCUCAUUCAACAUCAGCAGAUCCACUCUGGAGAAAGGCCACAUGAGUGUGGAGAAUGUGGGAAAUGUUUUCAUCAAAAGGGCAGUCUCAUUCGACAUCAGCAAAUUCACUCUGGAGAAAGGCCACAUGAGUGUGGAGAAUGUGGAAAGUGUUUUCGUCAGAAGGGAAACCUCAUUAAACAUCAACGAGUUCACACAGGAGAAAGACAUCAUGAAUGUUGAAAAUUUGGCAAAUCUGUUGGUUAAAAGGGCACCCUCAUUCACCAUUCGUGAGAUCACACUGGAAAGUGCUUAUGAGUGUGGAGAAUGUGCAAAAUCAUCUAACCAAAAGGUUGGCCUCAUUCAACAAUAGCAAGAUCACACUCGGGAAAGGCUUUGUGAGUGUAGAGAAGGUAUGAAAUCCUGUACAUAGAAGUUUUGCCUCACUAAAUACCAGAGGGAUCACACUGGAGAAAGACCCUAUAGUUAUGGGGAAUUUGGGAAAUUACUUAACAAGAAGUCCCACCUCACUGAACACUACUGAGUUCACAGUUGAGAAAGGCCAUAUGACUGUAAGGAAUUUGUGAAAUUAUUUAGCCAGAAAAGCUGCAUUACUAUUCAUCAGAGAAUUUACAAUGGGGAAAGGCCAUAUAAAUGUAUAAUAAAUGUGAGAAAUCAUUUCCGUACAGCUCUGUGCUUCAUGUUCAUAAGAAUUCACACUGGACAAAGCCUUAUGAGAGCAGCGAGUAGAAAAUCCUUUGUGGGAAAACUCUGGUCUCAUUAAACACAGGAGAGUUCAUACUAGAGAAAGGCCUCAACAGUAUAGCAAAUGUGGAAAGACAUUUACCAGAAGCCGUGCCCUGCAAGUUCACACUAGAGAAAGCCCUUCUCAGUGAAGUAAAUUUGGAAAAUUGAUUAGUCAAACCUCUAUGCUCCUUCAAGAUCAGAGUUCACACCGGAUCAAGGCUCUAUGGUGUGACAAAUGUGGCACAUUCUUUGUCUAAAUGUCUAACUUUAUUAUGCAUAGACAAGCUCCUGCUGUGGAAGUGCCUUUUGAGUGCAGAGAAUUUGAUGAAGGCGUCACUCUUCUUUCAUUGGAUACCAGAAUGUUGACAGGAGAAAAAUAACAUAGGUGUGUGGGAAUAUUACUUCUUGUCCAGCAUAACUGUGGGAGAGAGCCCUUAUGAGGACGCCAUCAACCUAUAUUGAAUGUCAUGUGUCCAAUAGCUGCAUAAAUUCCAGGUAUACUGAAGCUGUAUUGCAUUUCUCAUCUUGCGUAUGUCCUUGCCAGAUUUAUUGCAUUCUUAGGUCUCUGGCAAAAGCCAUUUCACCUCUACCACUUGGCAGGUACCUACAGUGCAUCACUCAUGCACUCCAUCAUAUUCCAGAAAAAAAGUUCAAGUUGUCUCCCAUUCAGCAGUGGGAUUUAUGAGUAGCCUCUGUACUCAUUCCUCUCUCAUUUCUCUAUGAGGAGUUGGGUCAUGGACCUGACUCAGUUUUGGCCUAGAGCAGAAGUGUCCAGUCUUUUGGCUUUUUUGGUCCACAUUGGAAGAAUUGUCUUGUGCCACAUAUAAAAUACAUUGACACUAAUGAUAGCUGAUGAAUUAAAAAAAAAAAAAAUCACACAAAACCCCUCAUAAUGUUUUAAGAAAGUUUACAAAUUUGUGUUGGGCUGCAUUCAAAGCUGCCCUGAGAUACAUGCGGCCCACAAGCUGUGGCUUGGACAAGCUUGGCCUAGAGAAUUUUUCUGAUUACCUGACAAGAUGGGCUGUCUUUCCUAGGAAUCUCAUGAUUCUCAUGAUUCUUAAGAUGGAAUUUUCUAGCCUCUAACUCACCACCCCAAGUACAAGCUGCCUCUCAUUGUUCUAGUUUCUGCUAUGAUGAAGUCCUUAUUUAAGCUUCCUUCAAUCUUGGGAAUUGUGUUGACUGUAUUGUGUGAAUUGUAUAUUUACUGCAUUGUGUGGCUUAGAUACAACAUGGUUCUGGUACCAUGAAAGUUUAUUAGGAUUACUAAACUGUGUGACUCUUAGGGGACAGUAUGAAGGCAGAAUAUAGCUCUACAUUUGUGGCCUAGUUUGGAUGGCUGCCUGAGGCCUCCAAAGAAAGACUUCAGGGCUUUGUGAUCUUUAUUUUUAGACCAAAUAUUGCAAUAUGUGUUUUCAUAAAUUAACCUGAGUAAGGGACAGUUUUUGUGACACACUUUGGUGCUUCUGAGAACAGCACAAAAUUAUUCUCUUGUUUAUAAGGGAUAUUGCAUUCUGCUCAGUACUGGUGAGGGAAAUCUCUUCUCAAGUCCUAUAGUGCAUUCAUGUGUCCUGAAGUC